GCUGUGGGACAGGAGCUCAUGCCCAGAACUGAGUUGUGUCCUGCUAAGUCCUCUGCCACGUACCUACGGGAUGAAGAACCUUUCAUUUUCCCUCCUUUUCCUUUUCUUCCUUGUCUUGGGGCUGCUGGGCUCCAGUGUGCCACUGUGUCCCAUUGAUGAAGCCAUCGACAAGAAGAUCAAACAAGACUUCACCUCCCUGUUGCAAGAUGCUGUAAAGAACNUUGACUUAAAUUGCUGGACAGUCUCCUCCAGAGGGAAGCUGGCCUCCUGCCCAGAAGGCGCAGCAGUCCUGAGCUGCUCCUGUGGCGCUGGCUGUGGCUCGUGGGACAUUCGUGAGGAAAAAGUGUGUCACUGCCAGUGUGCAAGGAUAGACUGGACAGCAGCCCGCUGCUGUAACCUGCAGUCUCACAUAGUCCAGGCUGGCCUCAAACGGUAGUCACCAUCACAGAGAAGAGUGGACCUUGGCAGGANUGAGGUUCCAUAGCUCUCAAGUUCACUUUUCACGUUUGUAGAUGUGAUGUCGAAUACCUGUUUUCAACCAGAGGCACCCAGGGCAAUUACACCACCCGGGGCAGAGGAUAUCUUUUUCCUUGUAUCUUGAGCUUAGAAUAAGGUAUAGCCUGGGUGCCAGUAACUGCUAUAGAAUGAGGGCUGGUGAGAUGAUUCAGUGGGUAAAGAUGCUGCUGCCAAGGCUGAUUCCUGGAACCUACAUGAUGGAAGGAGAGAGUCGACUCCAAGUUGUCUUCUCACUUCCACACGGGCACUGAUGCACUUGAGUACCACGUGUGCACACACAGUGAAUGAGAAAGAAAGAAAGAAAGAAAGAAAGAAAGAAAGAAAGAAAGAAAGA